GGUUCUCGCUCCCACCGCUUUCUGAUCCCAGUCUGAAUUAUCCAGCAUUUCCUCUCACCUUGAACUUAAUUAUUCAUAUAGUUGAUGCAUAAGAAUUCAAUGUUUAAUGAUUUAUUGUACACAUCGUUUAUUACAGAUUUGUUUACAACGCGGUUUAUUAAUAAGCGUCUACUCAAAUAUAUUUGGAAAGGUGCUCUACGCUUCCUCCAACGUUUGCACACACCCCCUUUGAGGAUUAUGUUUCUUUCGUUUUCAUUUCCCGGAAGGGUCGAAUGUGAAAACACUGUCGUUUUUUAAAGUCUAUGUGGAUCGCGUUCUAUUUUCUUAAAGGGUUGACGCUGAAAAAGCGUAUCCUUUAUGUGAAUUUCAUUUACUGCGUUUAUUGUUUUUACUUUUAAGAAGAAAUCAUCCCGAUUGUGUCUGUGCGUGCUUUUUUGGUCUGUGUGGGUGUGUGCAGUCGUUUAGGACGAUAUCAAUGGCCAGCAUUUCCUCGUCACCCCUUUUCAAGCAUGAAAGUGGACAUCACCCUCCCCCUGCUCCUGCUCCUUUGGCCAGUGCUCCCUCUCAGGAAGACCUGUGGCAUUUACCUGGACGACUGAGAGGAUGCUUUCUAGGAAUAAACCCAUCUCUGUGGGAUAAGGAAGAUGUUGCCCACUGGCUCCACUGGGCGCAGAAGGAGUACUCACUGCGACGACCAGAAAAGGGACAUUUUGAGAUGAACGGCAGAGCUUUGUGCCUGCUCACAAAAGAAGACUUCAGAUGCCGUUGUCCCAGUUCAGGUGAUGUUCUUUAUGAGAUCCUUCAGUGUGUAAAGCAGCAGAGGAGGAGUGUUGUAUAUGAGGCCCCUUGUGCAUCUCCAUCUGUCUCAGCUGGACACAUUCAGGGUCCCCUCAGUAACCAGAUGUCUUCGCACACAGUCACAGAGCCAAACAGUGACACCCCAGUUUCUCCUACUGUCAGUAUUGCAGCGUCUGCUGUGAGCUUCCAGCAUGAGCCCAUGCCUCCUUUCAGAGAACACCCUGUUUUUUACCAUUACUCUGCUCCGCUCACACAUAACAAUGGAUCACCAUCUGUUUCCUCUUCGCCCCAUAAUCCAACUCAGUACCUUCCUCUAAAAGAGCGUGUCAUCCAGGAGCCUCUCAACCUGUCCAGUAGAGAGAAGCCAAGGAGCCCACUACACAAAGCCAACGGCCGAAUACCAGAGUGCAGACUGCUUUGGGACUACGUGUAUCAACUGCUGUGUGAUGAGCGCUACCAAGACUACAUCCGGUGGGAAGAUCCAGACAGCCACGUAUUCAGGGUCGUUGACCCCAACGGACUGGCACGUCUUUGGGGGAAUCACAAGAAUCGGGAUAACAUGACCUAUGAGAAAAUGUCCCGAGCCUUGCGGCACUACUACAAGCUCAACGUCAUUAAAAAAGAGCGAGGACAAAGACUUCUCUUCAGAUUCCUGAAACUCCCACAGGACAUCAAGAAACAUCAUCUUGACACAGCUGAGUCCCCAGAACGCAGUCCUCCUCAGGAUGGGGACUUUCCAGACAGCAGUCCUACGUAUGAUUUCAGUUCGGGCCAAUUUGAGGUUUCACCUGAUCGACCUUCUCCACAGCCUUCUCCUCCAACGAGAGCUUCAGUAGGAUGAAAAACACAUGGAUCAAAGUCCAACUACAAAAUAUAUUUCAACACAAACCAGAGUAAAUUCCUCUGACUGAUUCAGCAUUAUAAUACUUAUCCAUGACUUUACACAAUGGAUAAUGGAUUCUAGCAGGUGUCGGACAUUUGUGUGAGCUUGCUUUUUGUGCGUUUGUUAUGAAUGACCACUAACACUGCAAUUAAAGAAACUGCAUCGAUAAUCCUCCAAGAGGUAUAACAUAAAACACAACAUAAAACAUAACAUAACAUAAAAAGCACAUUAUUCUGUGUGACUGCAUAUUGGUUUCUAUCAGAUUUGUUUAUCGUCUAGCAAGUAAGUGGUUGGUGUGUUUGGGAUGCAGCAGGUUGUCAGAAAGAAGAUGGAGCUUUCACUCGCAGUUUAAGGAAAAAAUACUUAUUUUUUCUUGCCAAAUUUGAUCUUAAGAUCAAGUAUUUGUUUCUUUUUCAUUAAAGUUGUGGUUUGCUUGUUUGUUUGCUUUUAAAAAUAAAUAUUUUGUAUGAAA